AGACACCGCGUCCAUCCUCACCGCGUCGACAGGUUGGGUCUCAUACCUCAUCACUCAACAGCCUGACCUCCCACUCCUGGAUCCCUGUGCCAGUAGCCCGUGCCCUGCCACCAAAGCUUGCAUACGCUACAUGAUCCCAGCCAAGGUGCCGUACCAUCCUGAGUGGGCCCUCAACUUCUCCAUGCCAGGCUACUUCUGCUCCAGUGCUCCACUCUUGCUGGCCCAGCGUGAUCAAGGCAAACGUUGCCAGUUCGUGAUGUACGUGAACAAGGACAUGCCAAACUACGACAUUAGCUCUGUGAAUGCGCCUUUCUACGAGGCUUUCGACCGUUGCUCCAACGUCAACUGCACGACGAUAAACAUCUUAUAUGCGGGUGAGGGAAACUUAUUGAGUUCGUUCAUUGUUGUUGCCAGUCACCAAAUGCUACGACAAAAUCUGCAAUAUUGCAGGCGAAGCAAGCACCUCGCCAUAUUUUAA